AUGUCUCUCAAGUCUCUCGCCGCCGUGGCUGUCGCCCUCCCCUUAGCCAUCGCCUGCACCGGCCCCCCCACCAACGCCAACGGCCUCAACCUCAUCAAGAGCUUCGAGUCGUUCCAGCCUUCCGUGUACGACGACGGCUUCGGUAACCCUACUAUCGGAUACGGCCAUCUCUGCGGUGAUGCAUCCUGCUCGGAAGUCACCUUCCCCAAGCCUUUGAGCGAGGGAGACGCCACUAAGCUGCUGGCUGGUGACUUGGUUAAAUACCAAGACGCACUCACCAACGCCCUCGCACAGCCUGUCACGCUGAACGACAACCAGUACGCUGCGCUUGUGUCGUGGACCUACAACAUUGGAAACGGCAACAUGGCCAAAUCCGACCUCGUCUCGCGCAUGAACAAGGGCGAGGAUGUCGCCGCUGUUGCACACUCUGAGCUCCCUCAGUGGAACAAGGCCAACGGUGCGCCUGUCAAGGGAUUGACCCGUCGUCGGGAGGCGGAGUUGAAGUUGUUUGAUGCGCCUGCUAUCUAUGGUGCUCUUCCUGCUCCUUGCUAG